ACAAAACAUUUAUUUGUGCGUACUCAAACAGUUUUGUGUUAAAUAUAUUUUAUCUUUAGAAAAACCUACAGCUUUAUUUGCUGCAAUGGCAGCCUCAAUGGAUGAGGAUAUAGCCGCAAAUCCUUUGCCGAGCAGUGAAGAGGAUCCUUUGGCCGAGGAGAGGCUAGGAUUCGUGCGAGAAGUGGGGGCACAAGCAGUUUGGAGCCUCUCCUCCUGCAAGCCGGGAUUCGGUGUGGAGCGUUUGCGGGACAAUAUCAUGGAUACUUAUUGGCAAUCGGACGGACAGCUUCCCCACCUCGUCAACAUUCAGUUUCAUAAGCGUACCAACAUUAGUCAGAUCUUCAUAUACACGGAUUACAAGUUAGACGAGAGUUACACUCCAUCGAGGAUCUCCAUACGAUCCGGGACGAACUUCAAUGAUUUACAAGAGUUGCAGGUAAUGGAUCUCACCGAACCCACCGGCUGGGUGCAAAUACCAAUCAAGGAUGGGAACGUCAAAUCCAUUCGAACCUUUAUGCUCCAGAUUGCUGUGAUCUCGAAUCAUCAGAAUGGCAGAGACACACAUAUGCGGCAGAUACGUAUUCAUGCUCCCGUUGAGGGAAAACAUUACCCACUUGAGUUAUUCGGAAAAUUUGGUACUGUCGAUUUCCAGAAAUUCGCUACCAUUCGUUAAGGAACGCUCAUGCUUAAUUGAAGUCUUUUAUUUUUGUGUUUUUUGGGGGUAUAUAACUGCUAAAAUACAACAUUUAAAACAUUACUUUAGUAAUUGUAAGCAUAUUUUUGGUGUUUCUAAUUAAAUGCCUGUCUCUUGUAUAUAUAAAUUGAUUGAAAAUAAAUAUAUACCAUCGUCUAA